ACUCGUGCUCAUCCCUCUACACGUCACGGUUGUCGUAGCUGGUGAAAUGAGACACCGCGCUCGCGCUUCCUGGUGUGUGUUCAUGAUGGGGGAGUGUGUGGGGAAGUAGCAGCAUCUUCUGGGAACUUUGAUUGCGCACUGCGAGCUCAAGUGAUUCAGUUCAGUUCCCACAGGAGAUGCUUUAAAAGUUCUCAGCAGUGAAGAAAAACAACCGAAGUGGAGAAAUGGCAGGUGACAAAACUGCAUCUGAGGAUGUUUACUCCUCCAGAGUCAUCAGGGUGGUUUUCUUGGCACUGCUGCUUGACUUGCUGGGUUUCACAUUAAUACUUCCCCUGCUCCCUUCCAUCUUGGACCACUACAGUCAAACUGGGGACAGCGUGUAUCAGUCAUUACAGAGCAUCGUGGACUGGUUCAGAGGGGCAGUUGGAGUUCCUAUGGAAACAAAAUAUAACAGUGUUCUUUUUGGAGGUCUGAUAGGCUCUCUUUACUCUUUGCUACAAUUUCUAUCAUCACCCAUUACUGGGGCUCUUUCAGAUGAUUAUGGAAGAAAACCACUGCUCCUGUUAACAACUGUAGGUCUCAUAGUGUCCUACAUUCUGUGGGCAAUUUCUCACAGUUUUACAGUUUUUCUGCUGUCUCGAGUGGUGGGAGGCAUUUGUAAAGGUAAUGUCAGCUUGUGCACUGCUGUUGUGGCAGACCUGCCUUGCCCUAAAGCAAGAAACAAGGGAAUGGCAAUGAUUGGUGUUGCUUUCUCCUUGGGAUUCACAUUUGGUCCAUUAAUGGGAGCAUACUUUGCUCUGAGACUCAAAGACGCUGAGGUGUUUUAUCAAGGCCCUGCCAUGCUGGCUGUCCUUUUUUCUUUAGCGGACCUACUUUUUAUUUUCUUGAUGCUGCCAGAGACUUUACAAAAGGGGGCAUCGAAAUCUUCAGGUAUUCAACAAUCAGGAGAUCUUCUUCACCCUGUUGCACUUUUCAGUUUCACUGCGGUCACAAGAACAGAGAAUCCACCAUCUGAACAAAAAAUGCAAAAUCUUAAGGUGCUUGGACUGGUUUACUUUGCAUAUCUAUUUCUCUUCUCUGGGUUGGAAUUCACCUUGAGUUUUCUGACACAUCAGCGCUUCCAGUUUUCCAGCAUGCAGCAGGGGAAGAUGUUCUUUUUCAUUGGCAUUACCAUGGCAGUGAUCCAGGGCGGAUAUGCCCGCAGGAUCAAACCAGGUCAUCAGAUCCAGACUGUUCGCGUGGCAAUUAUAUCACUUAUACCAGCCUUCUUGCUCAUUGGAAUAGCAUGGAAUUUGACACUACUCUAUUCAGGCUUAUUUUUGUACUCUUUUGCUGCUGCUAUAGUUGUUCCAUGCCUUUCAACACAAGUGUCUGAACAUGGCUCAGCCAGUCAGAAGGGAACAGUAAUGGGAAUCCUUCGGAGUCUUGGAGCUUUAGCUCGAGCACUAGGCCCUAUUGUGGCUUCUUCAGUGUACUGGUUGGCUGGAGCAGAAUUAUGCUUUAUACUCAGUUCAGUGUUCUUUAUAGUCCCUCUGAUUUUACUGAGCCAGCUGAAGAGACAGAAGGAGGAGUAAGAUCAUGAGUUUUAGGAUGUCUCCAGACCUCUUUUUCCUUGAUGAAAGCCUUAAAGCCCACUAAAGAAUGUUCCUCUUAUAGUGUUUACAACGAAAAACAAUACAAUGUACUUGUAACACUUAUGAAAAAUGUGUUUACAUUUCCGUUAAAAUAACAAAGACUGUAAAUAGUAAAACAAUAUUUCAUGAAUGUAUUUUUUACAACACAGAGGUCAACAGAUAUGCAUAUGUUUGUCUGUUAGUGCCACAGUUUUAUAAUGACAAUUCUAUAAAUAUUUCACACACACACACACACACAUUUGUUUUUGUGAAUUUUGGGGAUAUUCCAUAGGCGUAAUGGUUUUUAUACAGUUCAACGCGUAUUUUCUAUCGUCUUACACCUAAACCUACCCAUCACAGGAAAUUGUGCACAUUUUUACUUUCUCAGAAAAACUAAUUCUGUAUGAUUUAUAAGCCUUUUGAAAAAUGGGGACACGGAGAAAUGUCUUCAUAAGUCACCCUCUCCUUGUAAUACCUGUCAUACCCAUGCCAUUAUACAAAUUUGUGUCCUGAUAUGUCACAAAUACACACACACACACACGUAUACUCAUAAAACAAAUAAAGAUGAUUAUUGUCAACUAUU